ACUGUUGCUCCUCUCUAACUUUGACAAUCAAGUGAUUUAACCUAACCUAUCUUUUUGAAAUCGAUUUCUAACUUGUUUACUAAUUUUUCUUGUUUUCUUUUACUAGAAUUUAAUUAUUUUAUCGGUGUGAAAUGUCGUUAGCAUCGAAAAUAACCCUCACAGGAUCUGUAGCAUUUGCUGUCGGUAUAGUUAGUUAUGUUCACUAUAAACAAUACAGUGAUCGGGAACAAUUGCACCAAGGCGUUUUGAAUGAUAUCGAAAGAAGGCAGCGUAGAAAGGCUGAAAACUUGUACAACCUACAGAAACAAAUUGAUUUAACGAAACAAUUAAAGAAAUCACAAUACGACAGUUCUGAUGUAACAUAAACAUUUCUAAAAGUUUAUUUUUAUGUACAGUAGGAAUAAAUAAUGUUAAUUUUGAAAAA